AUGAGCAAUGCUGGAGCUGGCAACGUGCAAGGCCAGCCGCAACAACAAGCACAACCUGCCGUUAAUCCAGCGCGGGCUAGCAACAAAGCGCCCCGGUUCGAAGGCACGUUUGAGCUCUAUCGCGCCAAAUUGGAGCUCUAUCUUGCAGAGCGCGACUCGUGGGCUGUAGUGAGCGGCGGGGAGACACGCCAUGCUACGGAUGUGGGCCUGCAACGCCAGUAUGACGAGCGAGAUCGAAUUGCACGUGCGGCUAUCCUACGCGGCCUGCGCGGAUGCAAGAAUGAUGAUGCUGCCAAGGUGUGUGGAAUGGCUACGGCUGCGGAAAUGUGGAAUACACUGGUGGCGGAUAACACCCAACGCGACUUCUCCUACGCGGUACUCCUGCGGCGACCAAAUUGUAUCAAACCUCUCAUAAUGAGGGCCAAUUAUUGGCCGAGUACAUCACGACAAUGA